AUGGCUGACACUAUCUUUGGAUACCCUUUUAGACGUUUUUUCUUGGGCAAUCCUCCAAUUUACAGAUACCCUGGCUCAACAGCACUAUUGGAUUGGAUCGAAUCCCCAACUGCUCAUAUCCUCAAAAUCAACGUUCCAGGAUUAAGCAAAGAUGAGAUAAAAUUGCAGAUUGAAGAAGGGAAUGUUUUGCACCUUAGAGGAGAAAGUUUGAAAGAAGAGAAUCAUGGAAAGGAGACUGUUUGGCAUGUAGCUGAGAGAGGGACUGGAAAAGAGGGUUUCUCAAGGAUGAUUGAAUUGCCUGAGAAUGUGAAAUUGGAUCAGAUUAAAGCACAUGUUGAAAAUGGAGUUCUCACUGUUAUUGUUCCUAAAGAUUCAGCAUCUAAAUUGCAUAAAGUUCGAAACAUUAACAUCACUAGUAGACUUUAA